UUUCCUUUUCCCUUCCCACAAAAGCAUCUUCAUGGAAGCCAAGCUAUUUACACAGAGCAGGAUCUCCUUCACAACUGGUAAUCGCCGGAGAUGCAUUCGUAGGGAUGAAUACUCACCUGUUCUUGCAGUACUCACCAGGCCAUCUGAAAAUACAAGCCAAAUAACCGAUAAGUCCAGCGUAAAACAAGCAAAUGACUCCGCAGGAAAAACCAGUGUCUACAAUGAUAACUGGUUCGAUAAAAUGGCCAUAAACCAUCUGUCCAAAAGCAUACAAGCUGUAACAGGGAUAAGAAACAACAAGACUGGUUUUGAGAGCUUGGUGGCGGCAGCAACUGCUACGUACAGGAACUUCAAUCCAAUCCAACAACAUGAGCUCGUCAUUCAAGCUCUUGGGCUGGCCUUUCCAAAACCAAUCAUGACCAUGAUAAGGACAAUGCUACCCAAAGCCCAAUUCACAAGGGAGUUUUUCGCUGCCUUCACGACUGUAUUUUUUGCUUGGCUUGUUGGACCCUGUGAGGUGCGCGAAUCAGAGCUCAAUGGGGAAAAAGAAAAGAAUGAAGUCUACAUAAAAAAGUGCAGGUUUUUAGAAGAGAGCAAUUGUGUUGGGAUGUGCACUAACCUCUGCAAAAUGCCUUCUCAGACCUUCAUAAAAGACAACCUGGGAGUGUCACUCAACAUGGUUCCCAAUUUUGAUGACAUGAGUUGCAAAAUGAUAUUUGGUCAGGAUCCUCCAUCACUGGCAGAUGAUCCAGCAUUCACGCAGCCGUGCUAUAAACAAUGUAAAGUAAAACAAAAGCACAGAACGCAGUGCCCUGGUUGAUGUUUGAAGAUGCAGAAAAAACUCAAAAAGGGAUUAUUGGAUAUCCUUCUAUACGGACAAUUAACCUAUCAAAUACUUCUUUCUUACUGUUUAUAACCUAGUUGGCAAAACGACUAUCUGCAAGUACAGCAAGAUGCACACACUUUUGCAACAAACAAAUUACUUCUUAGGUCAGGCAUCGACAAAACCAAUUUGGGUUAAAUAUCAAGUCCAGGAUGAUGCUAAACCAUACAGAGGAAAGUUGUUUGAAGUGAACAGAAAGUAGAUUUUGACGAUACAAGGGUUACAUUCCUAUAUGUGCAA